UCGUGCGCGGGAAGCCGCGGCGGUUGGACUGUGCGGGGCUGCAGGCCCGCCGGUGGGGCAGAUGCAGUUCUCCAGCAGUCGAGCGAGGCUGAGGCAGGCGCGGCUGGCCGGGGACCGGCGGGAGCUGUACCCUCACAGCCUGCAGUUCUACCUGGAGCCCCCCACGGAAAGCAUUUCUCUGGUGGAGUUUGAGAGCUUUGCCAUCGACCGCCUGAAGUUGCUCAAAGUAGUUGAAAACCUUGGUGUGAGCUACAUAAAAGGAAAUGAUGUAUACAAAACUAAGCUGGGGUCUGAGCUCCGGAAACUAAAGUUUCCCUACAAAGCUUUGGCUGAGGAUGAUUAUGAAGCAAGAAGAAAAGACCAUAUAUCUCAUUUCAUACUACGCCUUGCUUACUGUCAGUCUGAGGAUCUCAGGCGUUGGUUUCUUCAACAAGAAAUUGAUCUCUUGCGGUAUCGCUUCAAUGAACUAACUGACAGUUUAAGACAGAAAUUCCUGGAACACGUUAACUUAUCAUUUGAAGCUAUUAGUGAAGACAUGAAAAAUGAAUUGACAAAUGAGCUGCUUGCAUCAACCCCUGGCUUCAGUGUGGCUAAAGUAAAAGAACAAAUAUUCUAUAAGGUUGGACUUGCAGAUGCUGUGGAUCUGUUUAGAACCAGAAGAGUGUUUAUUAAAGACGGCUUUGCGUAUGUGCCACUUAAGGAUAUCGAUGCAAUUGUUUUGAGUAAUUACAGAACAAAGUUAUCUAAAGCACUGGCGCUGACAGCACGAUCGCUGCCAUCCAUACAGUCUGAUGAGCGCCUACAACCUUUGCUUAAUCAUCUCAGCCAUUGUUAUGUGGGCCCAGAUUACAGUGUGCAAAAGAACACAGGAAAAAUUUCUCUAGACCAGAUUGAUGCUCUUUCUGUGAAAUCAUUCCCACUGUGCAUGCGCCAGUUGCACAAAGCUCUGCGUGAUAACCAUCAUCUCCGUCACGGGGGCCGUAUGCAGUACGGACUGUUCUUAAAAGGCAUCGGUUUGACUCUGGACCAGGCACUGGAAUUCUGGAAGAAAGAAUUUAUCAGAGGAAAAGUGGAUGCAGACAAGUUUGACAAAGGAUACGCUUACAGCAUUCGCCACAACUAUGGAAGAGAAGGGAAGAGAACUGAUUAUACCCCAUAUAGCUGCAUGAAGAUUAUCAUGUCCAAUCCACCAAGUCAAGGGGAUUACCAUGGGUGCCCAUUCCGCCACAGUGAUCCUGAGCUAUUGAAGCAGAAGCUGCAGUCGUACAAGAUCGCUCCCAGUGGAAUAACUCAGAUCCUGGAAUUGGUGAAGGGCAUGCAUUAUCAGCUGGCCUGUCAGAAGUACUUUGAGUUGACACAUUAUGUUGAUGACAUUGGGUUUUCUUUGAAUCAUCCUAAUCAGUAUUUUACAGAGAGUCAAAGGCUGUUAAAUGGUGGUAGAGAACUAAAGAAGGAAAUAAAUAAUUCAGGAAACUUUCAACAAAAAAAUAAUAGUCAGGAAGGCACGAAUUCAAAUUCUACUCCCACGUCUUCAAAAGCAACGGCUGAUGCGGAGCUGGAGGGCCUGGACGAAUACUUCGCUGAAGAUUAAGCAACUGUGUCACUUGUUCUUUUUGUUUUGUUUCCCUUGGUUUGUUUUUUUGUUUGUUUUCUUUCUUUCCCUUCUAUAGCUGGAUUUUUCAUUAUGCUAAGGAAUAUGCAUUUCACUUCCUGGAAGAAAUGGGUGUUUUGUGCUUUAAAUAGACUGAAGAAAAGAAAGAUAGGUACUGAAGCUGCAAUUUAAUCCAGUACUUACUCUUGCUGCUUUAGGCAAUGGCAUGUAGAAGGAUUGGAAAUGAAAGUUCCUUCACAAUUUGGUGAUUUUUGUUUGAUAUACCUUUUUUGUAUUUCCUCAAAAUGUUUGUUUUUAUCCCAUUUUGUGGUCACUUUUAUAUAUUUCUGCUUAAUAAAUAAAUUGCUUGUGGAAUUUUUUUGUUUUGUUUUAGGGUUUUUUAGCCAUAUUUGGGUGGUAAUUAAGUAGGAGUUCCUAUGAUCAAAAUUACCCUCUGGAGGAUUCUGUCUUUUUUCUGCAUGAGGACCUGAAGGAAAUCAGCUUCUUAAUUUGAAACUAAAUUUAGAGAGCUUGUUUUGGUGGUUGAACAUAAGCAGUUAUUUUAGAUGCCUAAGAAGGUAAUCCAAAAAGCUGAUACUCUACCGUCUGACUUAUUUGAAGAAGUUAAAAACUUAUUAGCAUAUGUUCCUUUUCCAAUUUCCUCAAUGCCUGAGUGUGGCUCUAGCCUCCAGUAUCCUGCUAAGCUAAACAGCUGUGUUUACCUUAGCAGCUUUAAAGUCACCUAAAUUCCACCCAUUCCUCAAAUCCUAAGUUGCCUAACACAUGGACAGCAUUCAGUCGAGCAGUGGUCACCAUGCAGUAGGUGGAAGCUCCAGGUAUAGCUAGUACAUGAGUAAACCACAUUAUUUGGCUGUAAUGUGGAACUGCCAGACCAGUGAAGAAGGAACAAGAAAUAGAAUGGUUUUGGAAAUUUGUAAUUUUCCAGGUGGACUAUGGAGAGAAGAAAGAACAAUCCCCACCACUGGCAUCCUACUACUUGUGAUGAGUAACGUGGGACCCUUACUACUGUUGGUUCCAGGACCCCAAUGGGCAGUGGAAAGAUGUGUGUAUGCUAUAGAAAAGGAUAGAUUCAAGAGAGUGUAUGAAUAGGUAACAUUUGGCAGUUGUAUUAUGUCAAAUGCUUUCUCUGCAAUCAUUGACUAUUAAUAUUGUGGCUGGACUGAAGACUGUUUGAUUAUGCAUAAGAAUUUAGGCUAUCUGUAGAUCUUUGACUCAUAUGAAGAGUGAUCCCCUAAAGGCACAUAACUCACACAGGGCCAGUGCAACAUCAGGCUUUAAAAAUAAAACAAGUUGUUUGUUGUUAGAAGAGAAUCUGCCAGGAUUCAUUGUUCUUUUUCUCUUCCUUGAAUUAUUCAUCAAUUUAUUUAGGGGCUGUUUUGUGUAAAGUACCAAGCCUCAUACUCAUUUGGAUAUUGUAUAUUCAAAGGAGUUGUAGAAGUCCACCCUGAGCAAAGGCUCAGCACCUGAAUCCUGCAGGGUGCUGAUGGUUCUGGGCCCAGGAAACAAGGAGGACUUAAAAACAGCCAUGGGCUUGAUUUCUCUUGCUGAUUAAGCUCCUGGCAGCACCCUACCCAAUGUAUGGAAGUCCACUGGUAGAUGGUUAAGAAACUUGACCUUAGGGUUUUGAAGUGUCCUUGCAAGCAGUAACUGUCCUCUAAUUUUGCGUUACUGACUGCCUGAGUUGGAAGUGCCUUAGUGGACAUCAUGGAUCCUUUUGCUAGAAGGGAAAUGGUUUCAGUUUUACAAUGAGAUUUAUGUUCCUAAGUGAAACAGCUGGGAGGUGGUGGAGGAACUGAAUGCAGGUGGUGUUUCUCAGCCAAGGGAAAUUGUAAUAUCUGAUUUAGUAGAAACAUUCUGUUGUACCCUAACCCUGCUCAUGUAGACAUUGUCACUGGCUAUGUGAAUAAAACUCCUAGCUCUUAAUUUCUGA